AUGGCGGACCAAAAUAUCUCUCAGUACAAGUACUCGGCGAUGUCCAACCUGGUUCUCCAGGCGGACCGUCGUUUCAUUUCUCGCACCAACGAUGAAGCGACCGGCGACCCGGAAUCCCUCGCUGGGCGCAUUAGCAUCCGGGAGAUGGGCUCAAGGAUGGCGCGCGAUGAUGCGCCAAAGACGAAGAAGACGACCGUUGCACCGACAGAUAUCGAACGGGGUGCGAUUCGAGAGGGCGAGGAUGUGCUAGCCCGUGAACAGAGGAAGCGUCGUGGCCAACAACAACUACGCGGCCAAGGCGUUCUUUCUGCCGCAGAUGCACUCAUAGAAGGGUUGAAAUAUCGCCCUCGUACACCUGCAACCCGAGCUACAUACGAUCUCAUCCUUACAAUGACCGCGAAUCAUCUGGGCGACGUUCCUCAUGAAGUUGUUCGCAGUGCCGCCGAUGCUGUACUGGAGUUGUUGAAGGAUGAAGAUAUGAAGGAUUUCGAUAAGAAGAAGGAGAUCGACGAUUUACUUGGCAGCUCCAUGAACCCCAAGGAAUUCAAUGAACUUGUUAAUCUGGGCAAGAAGAUUACGGAUUACGAUGCACAGGACGAGGAUGAAGAGAUGGAGGGCGGAUUAGACGGCCAGGAAGACGCAGAGCUCGACGAGCGACAGGGUGUCGCCGUAGUCUUCGACGACGAAGACGAGGAUGAUGAACGGAUGGGCACUGUUACCGAAGUACGAGAUGAAGACGAAUUGACAGAUGACGAAGAACCCGACGUACAGGAAGACCCCGAUAUCGAAGCUGGAACGGCCGAGAAGGCGGAUAUCGACAGUUUUAAAGACGGAGAGGAGAUGGUCAUCGACGGAGGUCUGGAACAAGGCGACAAACGACAGAACAAGAGCCUGGUUGUCUCAGCACGACAAAUCGACGCCUAUUGGCUACAACGGCAAAUCGGUUCUGCGUACGCUGACGCUCAUAUUCAGCAGGAGAAGGCUACACAAGCACUGGAAAUUCUUGGUGGCAAAGCUGAAGACGGCACAGAGAAGCCUCUGCGAGACGUGGAGAACGAUCUGAUGGACCUGUUCGAUUACGAGCAUCCUGAUCUUGUGGCCAAAUUUGUCACAAACCGUGAUAAGAUUGUUUGGGUGACGCGUUGGCGCAGGGUCGCCGAGGACGCAGACGCUCGCCACCUCGUUGAAAGUGAAAUGGUUGAGGCUGGCCACCGGGUUAUUCUGGAUGAGAUCCGGGGCAAGGCUGUCCGUGAUGAAGCGGCUGGCCGCCCAGAGAAGAAGAUCAAGCUUGAUCUGAUGGAUGUCGACGUACCUAGUGCCCCCGCUCCCGAACAGAAGCCUGCCGAGGGUGGCUUAGUCGGGGGCCUUCAGCCCAAGAGGCUGAUCAAUCUGGAGAAUCUCGUCUUCCAUCAGGGAAAUCAUCUUAUGACCAAUCCAAAUGUCAAGUUACCCCAAGGUUCCACGAAACGCACGUUCAAGGGUUAUGAAGAAAUUCAUGUACCGCCGCCUAAGCCGAGAAGGGACCCCGGCGAGAAGAAUAUCCCCACCACUGAAUUGCCAGAGUGGGCUCGCAUUGGCUUCGGUAGCUCAAAGGAGCUGAAUCGUGUGCAGACUAAAUGUUAUCCCUCUGCCUUCCAUGAUGAUGGAAAUAUGCUUGUGUGCGCUCCCACAGGGUCUGGAAAGACAAACGUAGCCAUGCUCACCAUUCUUCGUGAGAUUGGCAAGAAUCGCAAUGAAGCUACAGGAGAGAUUAUGCUCGACGACUUUAAGAUCGUCUAUAUCUCACCCCUGAAGGCUCUCGUACAGGAGCAAGUCGGAAACCUUGGUAAAAGGCUCGAACCCUACGGUAUCCGGGUGGCUGAGUUGACUGGUGAUCGUCAGCUUACAAAGCAACAGAUUGCUGAGACUCAAGUUAUUGUCACCACUCCUGAAAAGUUCGAUGUCAUUACGAGAAAGGCAUCUGAGACAAGCUACACUAAACUUGUGCGCCUUGUGAUCAUUGAUGAGAUCCAUCUCCUUCACGAUGAGCGAGGGCCUGUGAUUGAAAGCAUUGUCAGCCGGACGAUUCGCAAGGUGGAGCAGACCGGCGAGCCCGUCCGUAUUGUCGGUCUCAGUGCAACCCUACCGAACUACCGCGAUGUAGCAAGCUUCUUACGAGUUGAUCCCAACAAGGGCUUGUUUCACUUCGACGGUUCUUACCGUCCAUGUCCCUUGAAACAGGAAUUCAUCGGUGUCACAGAUAAGAAGGCUAUCAAGCAGCUGAAGACGAUGAAUGAUAUCUGUUAUAAUAAGGUCAUGGAGCAGGUUGGACAGAAACGCAACCAGAUGCUCAUCUUCGUUCAUUCCCGAAAGGAAACGGCGAAGACUGCUAAAUACAUCAGGGAUAAGGCGCUUGAGAUGGAGACCAUUGGUCAAAUUCUGCGUAGCGAUGCUGCCAGCAGGGCGAUUCUAGCGGAAGAAGCCGAGUCGGUCGACGACGCAUCACUCAAAGAUCUCUUGCCCUAUGGUUUGGGUAUUCAUCAUGCCGGCCUGAGUCUUGCAGAUCGUGACUCCGUACAAGCGCUUUUCGCCGAUGGCAGCAUUCAAGUCCUUGUAUGUACAGCAACUCUUGCUUGGGGUGUCAAUCUUCCUGCGCACACAGUCAUUAUCAAGGGAACUCAAGUGUACUCCCCAGAGAAGGGUAGCUGGGUUGAACUUAGCCCUCAAGACGUUCUUCAGAUGCUGGGUAGAGCUGGUCGACCUCAGUAUGAUACCUUUGGUGAGGGUAUUAUCAUCACAUCCCAAACUGAGAUUCAAUACUAUCUUUCCCUCAUGAAUCAGCAAUUGCCCAUCGAAAGUCAGCUUGUGAGCAAACUUGCUGAUAACAUGAAUGCCGAGAUUGUUCUUGGAAAUGUCCGCAAUCGUGAUGAAGGAGUCGAAUGGUUGGGCUACACCUACCUUUUCGUCCGUAUGCUUCGCUCGCCUGGGCUCUACAGCGUGGGUGCUGACUACGAGAACGAUGAUGCAUUGGAACAAAAGCGGGUCGAUCUCGUCCACUCGGCAGCUGUUAUAUUGGAAAGGGCGGGGCUUGUCAAAUAUGAGAAGAAGACUGGACGUCUGCAGUCUACUGAACUGGGGCGAAUCGCAUCCCAUUACUACAUUGGCCACAACUCCAUGUUGACGUACGCCCAGCACAUUCAGCCAUCCAUUACCACCAUCGAACUCUUCCGAAUCUUCGCUCUUAGCGAUGAGUUCAAGUACAUCCCUGUUCGGCAAGAUGAAAAGCUCGAAUUGGCUAAGCUGCUCGGGCGUGUGCCUGUUCCUGUCAAGGAGAGCAUUGACGAGCCUCAUUCGAAGAUUAACGUCCUAUUGCAGGCUUACAUAUCCAGACUGAAGCUGGAAGGUCUUGCUCUGAUGGCGGAUAUGGCUUAUGUUACUCAGUCUGCUGGUCGUAUUCUUCGGGCCCUCUUUGAGAUCUCGCUGAAGAAAGGCUGGUCUUCCGUGUCCAAGACUGCUCUUGACCUUUGCAAGAUGGCUGAGCGACGAAUGUGGCCAACCAUGACGCCACUUCGCCAGUUCCCCAACUGCCCCAGAGAUAUUCUCCAGAAAGCGGAGAGGAUUGACGUACCUUGGUCUAGCUAUUUCGAUCUCGAUCCCCCACGCAUGGGUGAGCUUCUUGGUAUGCCAAAGGCUGGAAGAGUUGUGUGUGAUCUCGUGUCCAAGUUCCCGCGUUUGGAAGUCCAGGCGCAAGUCCAGCCGGUAACUCGGUCAUUGCUCCGAGUCGAGCUCACCAUUACUCCCAACUUUGUCUGGGACGAAGCGCUGCAUGGGACAGCACAGGACUUCUGGAUCCUGGUUGAGGAUUGCGAUGGAGAAGAGAUCCUCUUCCAUGAUCAAUUCGUCCUUCGGAAAGAUUACGCCCAAGCCGAGAUGAAUGAGCAUUUGGUUGAAUUUACAGUGCCCAUAACUGAGCCCAUGCCACCCAACUAUUUCAUCUCCCUCGUUUCUGAUCGAUGGAUGCAUUCGGAGACCAAAAUCGCAGUGUCUUUCCAGAAACUCAUUCUCCCCGAGCGGUUCCCUCCCCACACUCCUCUGUUGGAUAUGCAGCGGGCACCAGUCAAGGCUCUCAAGCGCGAAGAAUACCAGAAGCUGUACCCCGACUGGCAGUUCUUUAACAAGAUCCAAACUCAAACUUUCAAGUCUCUCUUCGAUACAGACGAUAAUUUAUUUCUUGGCGCUCCCACUGGCAGUGGCAAGACGGUUUGCGCCGAGCUUGCAUUGCUUCGGCAUUGGUCCAGCGGCGAAAGGGGCAGGGCUGUUUACGUUGCCCCCUUCCAGGAGUUGAUUGAUCAACGUCAUGCAGAUUGGGAAAAGAGAUUGGGCCACCUUGGUGGUGGCAAGGCCAUUGUUAAGCUGACAGGAGAGACUACUGCCGACCUGAAGUUGCUGGAGCAGGCUGAUUUGGUCCUCGCCACUCCUACUCAGUGGGAUGUUCUGUCUCGGCAAUGGCAGAGACGUAAGAAUGUGCAAACCGUUCAGCUGUUCAUCGCAGAUGAAUUGCACAUGCUUGGAGGUUUUGGUGGAUAUGUGUACGAGGCUGUAGUGUCCCGCAUGCAUUCGAUUGCCCUCCAGCUUGAGAAUGGUAUGCGCAUCAUUGGAUUAAGUGUGCCUCUUGCCAAUGCCCGCGACAUUGGUGAAUGGGUUGGUGCUAGUAAACACACGAUCUACAACUUCAGUCCUCAUGCUCGUCCUGUGCCUUUGGAGCUCCAUCUUCAAUCCUUCACCAUCCCUCAUUUCCCCUCACUCAUGCUGGCCAUGGCUAAGCCGGCCUACCACUCGAUUCUCCAAUUGGCUCCCGAUAAGCCUGCUCUCGUCUUCGUGCCUAGUCGCAAGCAGACCAGAGCGACGGCUAUGGAUCUUUUGGCCGCCUGUGCUGCUGACGACAACGAGGACCGAUUCCUCCACGCCGACGUGAGCGAACUCGAACCGCUCCUCAGUCGCGUCCAGGAACGCACGCUGGCCGAGUCCCUUACUCACGGUAUUGGCUAUUAUCACGAAGCCUUAAGCGCGACCGACAAGCGCAUCGUCUCCCAUCUGUUUACUAUUGGCGCGAUUCAAGUUCUUCUUGCUUCACGUGAUGUUUGCUGGGAGUUGAAUCUCACCGCGCAUCUCGUGAUUGUUAUGGGUACGCAGUUCUUCGAUGGUCGAGAACAUCGGUAUAUCGAUUAUCCUAUUAGCGAGAUCCUGCAAAUGUUUGGCAAGGCAUCUCGUCCCCAGGAGGAUAAGAUCGGCCGAGGUGUUCUCAUGGUGCCGGCUGUUAAGCGUGAGUAUUACAAGAAGUUCCUCAACGAAGCUCUGCCCGUUGAAAGCCAUCUGCAACUGUAUCUCCACGACGCGUUUGUUACCGAGAUCAGCACAAGAACGAUUACCUCGACUCAAGAUGCUGUGGACUGGAUGACUUACACGUACUUCUACCGCCGCCUGCUUGCCAACCCCAGCUUCUACGGCCUGAGCGACGUCAGCCACGAAGGCCUUAGCACUUUCUUGUCUGAGUUGGUCGAACACACAUUGAAGGAGCUGGCGGAAGCCAAGAUCAUCGAUCUGGAUGAGGAAGACGACAGCGUUUCGCCUCUCAAUGCGGCCAUGAUUGGUGCUUACUACAACAUUUCCUUCAUCACCAUGCAAACCUUCCUCCUCUCGCUCACUGCCCGCACAAAGCUCAAGGGUAUCCUGGAGAUCAUCACCUCGGCUACGGAGUUCGAAUCAAUCCAAAUGCGGCGACACGAAGACCACAUUCUCCGCCGGGUGUACGACCGCGUGCCGGUCAAGAUGUCUCAGCCUGCUUACGACUCACCGCACUUCAAGGCUUUCGUUCUGCUGCAGGCUCACUUUUCUCGUAUGCAGUUGCCUAUUGAUCUGGCAAAGGAUCAAGAAGUCAUUGUCAGCAAGGUUCUCAACCUUCUCAGUGCUUGCGUCGAUGUCCUUUCCUCCGAGGGUCACUUGAACGCAAUGAAUGCCAUGGAAAUGUCGCAAAUGGUUGUUCAAGCCAUGUGGGAUCGGGACAGCCCUCUGAAGCAGAUUCCUCACUUUGGCCCUGAAGCGAUCAAGGUCGCCAACGAAUACAACAUCAACGACAUCUUCGAAUUCAUGGAAGCAAUGGAUCCUUCCGAGAACAAGGACUACCCUACUUUGGUGAAGCGACUUGGUCUUAACAACACUCAGCUGGCACAGGCCGCGGCGUUUACGAACGAGAAGUACCCCAACCUUGAUCUUGAGUUCGAGGCGGAGGACCCGGAGAAUGUCACGUCUGGCGAGCCUGCCUACCUCAAGAUUAAGAUUGAAAGAGAAGUCGAGGAGGAUGAGGAGCCCGACGCUACCGUGCACGCGCCGUUCUACCCCAACAAGAAGAUGGAGAACUGGUGGCUGGUGGUGGGAGACGAGAAGACUAAGAGCUUGCUCGCCAUCAAGCGGGUUACUAUUGGUCGCAAAUUGGAACUGCGCCUGGAGUACAUCGUGCCCACACCUGGUGAGCAUGAGCUGACGCUGUACCUCAUGAGCGACAGCUACGUGGGUGUGGACCAAGCUCCCACGUUCAGCGUGACGGCAGCUGAAGGAAUGGAGGAGGAUGAGAGCGAGGAGGAAGAGGAGUAG